ACAGGCCUCAUGGUCGCAUGCUACCUCGGCUUCGGGAGCAUCGUGGCCCUACUCAGCCGCUGUCCGUUCCUGGAUGUGAACCAACAGGACAAAGAAAGCGACACAGCCCUCAUGCUGGCUGCCCAAGCAGGGGGGAGGCCACGUGCCUCUGUGAGUCUCCGGCUCAACUGCUACUCGGGCCUGGACUUGGAGCGCCGAGACCAGCGGGGGACAGCGCUGAUGAAGGCCGCAGCCCGGGGCCGCUCUGAAUGUGCUGACCUGACAGCAGUGGAUCCUGUUUGGGGCAAGACGGCCCUGGAGUGGGCGGUGCUGACCGACAGCUUCCACACCAUGCGAAGGAUCCGGCAGCUGCGGCGGCGGCCCCAGGCGGAGCAGCUUGGUCAGCACUACCAACCGGAGUGGCCAGCCCUGCCCGGGCUCGUGGCCCAGGCCCAGGCUCAGGUUGCCCCCUCUCUGCUGGAGAGAUUACAGGCCACCUUGAACCUCCCCUUUGCCCAGUCUCCUCAGGAGGGGGGUGUCCUGGACCACCUUGUGACCAUCACGACCAGCCUAGCCAGUCCCUUCCUCACCACUGCCUGCCACACUCUGUGCCCUGACCACCCACCUGCACUUGGGACCCGAAGCAAGUCUGUGCCAGAGCUGCUAGGCACUGCUCCCCCCACCCCCAGCCCCCCAGCCUCCACAGGUGGUCCCUGGCCCCCGGGGCCUCGUCCCUCACCAAAGGUCUCGUACCCUCACCAGAGCCCUCAAGCUGUGCUGAGCAUGUGCCCUCAGUGGCUACAGCCCAGGGACAGUGCCAGCCCCAAGCCCGCAGUCCCCCAGAUCCUCCUCUCCAAGGCACCCUCAUCUCCCAGCCGGCAUGAGCCAGAGCCCAGGCCUGCAGGGCAUCGCAGGCUGACCCCUCCUGUCUGGCGAUACCAGGAGCUCCGGAUGCAGAGGAGGAGUCAGGAGAAGGAGGCUGGGUGUGCACAGGGUCAGGGGAAGAUGGGCUAGGCCGGACUGGGAGCAGGCAAUCAGCUCCCUCCCACAGGCGCCCUGCCCUGUGGAGCCCCUCCUGCCUGUCAUCUGAUGCACGAGGUCAUCCAUACAACACUGUUUGCAGCGUAAGAGUGGAAACAGCCUAUGUGUCUACAGGGGACUGGCUAAAUGAUCUGGGUGUCAUUACUGUACACCCAUGUGAUAAAACAGGAGCAAGGCAGCUCUUUAUGCUCUGAUAGGAAACUAUCUUCCAGAGGUUUGAGUGAAAAAUAGCCAAGGGGUAGGACAGUGCGUAUGGCAUGCUACUGUUUGUCAACUUUGCACAGAGCUAAACUUGACUAGUACAAAUACAAAGUGAGAACCAAGACUUAUUUAACUAGUUGAUAAGUGAACCAGCAGGAUGGAUCAAAGGAAGAAAUGAAAACCAUUAUUGACAGUCAGUGGAAAAAAAGAAUGCUGGAAUAAGAUGGCAAAGUUGAUACAAAAGGUUAAUUCCCACCUUGCAAUAAAGUCAUAACUGG